AUGGCAACCGUCAUGGAAUCGAGCCCGACGCAUGCGCCGCCGGGCCCAAAUGUGCCCCGACCAAAGGGCAUCCUCAAGAACUCAUACCAGGGCUCUCCCCCGCCCGCCUCGCCCAUCGACACGCACGAUGCUUCGCACCCGCCUCUACACCACACCAACUCGUCGGACCCGUCGCUGACGUCCAAGGAUGCCAAGGAAAUCACGAUCGCCAACACACAGUACAACGCUGGCCAUCGGCGGUCCUCGUCCGCUGCCGGGUCGCGGCCUAGCGGAUCCCGCCGCCGCAGCUCGCGCACGCCGAGCCACCAGGGCGACGACGACGUCGAGGAGCAGAACCAGCGACUGAAAUGGGACGAGGCGAACCUGUACCUCACGGAGCAGGAGCGGUCGAGCACGAUGAAGAUCAACGAGCCCAAGACGCCGUACGCGAAGCACUACGACCCGGCCGAGGACCCGUCGGACGACGAGGACAUGGCCGAGCCCAUCGACCCCAACGAGGUCGACAUGGACCGCGUGGACGGCGUGCCGCGGCGGCGCCACGGCACCGAGGACGAGAUCCCGGGCCUGUCGCUUGGCGAGCCCGAGGAGGCCGUGCCCGAGCACGAGAUGUUUGGCACAGGCGAGACGUCGUCGGCCAAGCGGCCCCGCGCUGUGCACGUCGAUAGCAAUGGGAGCGGUCACGACACGGACGCUGAAGACCUGGUCGGCCUCAGCGCCGAGGAGCUUGAGAAGCACCGCCGCUUUGAGGAGCUGCGCAAGAAGCACUACGAGAUGAGAAACGUGGCUGCGCUUCUGGGUCACCCCGAGAACUUCGAGGUCGACGACGAAGAUGACGACGCCGUGCCACCUAUCCCCGGACGAGUUAAUGGCUCGUCAUAG